GAAGAAGAAAAACUAGCUGACAGCAAGACUCCCUUUCCUGCAGAGGGAUGGUUUAGGGUUUUCAUCCAGAGAUUGAGAAUCUCACGGCUGCAUUUUGAGUAUCAGGGAGUACCGGAAAAACAUCAACCCCAAACUCUGUUACUGGGCAGGAGCAGCGGAUGAACAAGGUGGCUACACUGACCCUGCAGCUUCAGAUGAUGACCCAAGAAAGGAAUGAACUUCGUGGAAUCCUGGCUAAUUAUACCAACAAGGAUUUGAACAACAGGCUAAAUUUUGAGUUGGAGAUGCUGAAUAUGGAGCAUAAGAAAGUGAUGUUGGAUCUACAGAAAUUCCCCAUGGAGAUGAGAGAGGCCUUGUACAAGUGCAAGGAGCUGACUGAGGAAGCUGUCUCUUACAGCAUCCUCCACAACCAGCUCCUGAGUGAGCGAACUCAGCUGAAGAAAAAAGUGAGCAUGUUGAGAGAGGAGAACCAAAAGCUACGGAGGGAGCAGAUUUCACUGCAAGUGGCCUGUGAGAAGGUGAAGAAUCUCUAUGAAAAGACCGAUGAGAAGUUCUGUGAGCUAUGUGACGAGGGGGAUAAGAAACAGGAUAUAUUGGUGGAAAGACGACAAUCCCUGCUGAAGCUGAGGGAUCUGGUCACCAAAUAUAUAGAAUUCGCAGAAAAGCUGCAGAAUCCCUUCGCUGUCUCCCAGAUGAGCUCUGCUUUGGAGAACUGAGGAGGCUGAAGGAAGCUUCACACAUUCUCCACUUGAGCAGCAACACCUACUGAGAAGCAGACCCCUCCUUGUAGCUGUGAACAAACGAGUAAGAAAAAUCUCCACCUCCUGCAGCGGAUCCAUCGCCAAUCUGAUUCAUGUUCUGUUGGCCCACUAUUCCUGGAGAAGGGAAAUGAUGAGAAAGAAGCCUGACAUUCAGAGGACCCACCAAGAAUGACUCCAAAUCCCGACAUCGGUCAGCAGGUGGACCCUGAGUAGCACACAGCA